CUCUACAUGGCAGAGCCAUACAAAGCAGUGCGUUUACAGUGAAGCGCACACACAGCCAACAUAGUGAAACAGCACACAGUUAACCUUUUGAUCCCCCCACAUGUUAACCCCUUCCUGUCCAGUGCCAUUAUGUUUUUUUUUUUAAGCACUGAUCAUUGUCUUGGUGUCACUGGGGAUGUCAGUGACACCAAGUCAGUUCCCCCCAGUGUCAGAAUGUCCGCCGCAGUCCCGCUGUAAGUCGCUGAUUACCGCCAUUACUAGUAAAAAAAAAAAAAAAAUCCAGUAUCCAUACCGC